AUGGCCUCAAAUCCCAUAGUCUUCUUCGAUAUAGCUCUCGCAGGACAGCCACUAGGCCGUGUGAAAAUGCAGCUCUUCGCUGAUGUUACCCCUCGGACGGCGGAGAACUUUCGACAGUUCUGCACUGGCGAGGCAAAGAAUAGUCAAGGACGGCCUCAAGGUUACAAAGGCAGCAAGUUCCACCGUGUAAUAAAAGACUUUAUGAUUCAAGGAGGUGAUUUCGUGAACGGCGAUGGCACAGGAAGUGCUUCCAUCUACGCCGGCCAGAAAUUUGCAGAUGAAAAUUUCAACCUGAGGCACGACAAAGCUGGUCUUUUGAGCAUGGCGAACUCAGGUCCGAAUACGAAUGGCUGUCAAUUCUUCAUCACUACAGUUCCAACACCGUUCUUGAACAACAAGCAUGUUGUAUUCGGGGAAGUUGUGGACGGAAUGGACAUUGUCCACAUGAUUGAGAAUACUCGAACCACGAGAGACAAACCGAAUCAAGAUGUCACUAUAGUGCAGUGCGGGGAAAUGUAA